CUGGAUCCUUAACCCACUGAGCGAUGGAUUUGUUAACCACUGAGCCAUGACGGGAACUCCGCUUCUUAUUACUUUAAAAGACAAACAUGUUUUAUUAUGGAAAAUUCCAAGCACAUGAAAAAGAAGAAAAUAAAUAAUAAUGACCCCUGCUCAGGCUGCAGCUAGUAUCAAUACAUGACCAGUCUUGUUUCACCCAGUCUCCUGCCACUCCUUGAUCCCCAUUAUUUCCAAACAAACCCCAGCCAUCAUAUUUCAGGUUUGUAAAUACAUAUCUGCCAAAGAUAAGGACUCUUAAAAAAGAGCCACACUGCAAUUACACACCUAAAACAAAAAAGCAACCCCUAACCGCUCAGCAUCCAGCGGCCACAUUGCUCCAACUGUCCUAUCAUUUUUUAAAUGGUUUGAAUUCAGAUCCAAAUCAAGUCCCUACAUGGCAAUUGGUGGAUGUGUUUGGAAAGCCCUCCAGGCUUUUUCUUUGCUGCAGUCUCGGAGAGAGGCGACGGAGAGCGCGUUUUUUUGUCCGCGUCUUGCAUUCUUGGGGACUGUGACCAGCGCUGCGCUGGGGCUGGCAUUUCCACUCCAGCCGCCGCAGGGAGGUGGGCGCGGUUCCCACUAACAGCCCGCUGGACGCAGAGCAGCCGAGCCGGGAGCGGCAGAAUAUAUUUAUAGCUGUCAUCCUGUCUACUAAUUUGAUCUCCUGGGUCAUUUCUGGAUCCGCUUCUGUGAAUUGGGCUUUUUCUGUGGAGAAUGUCUCGGGAAUCUAAGACUUACCGACUGCUGCUGUUCCUUUUUCUGGGCCAUGGAGCGGCAAGUCACAGAGCCUCAGAGUCCCGGCAGGAUUUGCAUCCAUUGCUGCAAAAAGUGGCGGAAGAAAUAAUCGAUGGAAGCUACCUGAAUGCACUGCUGGAUCUCAUACAGUUUCAAAGCUCCCACGUGUGGACGGCAGACCUGUCUCACAGAGUUCUGGAUUAUCUGAAUUCGCGGAAUGUUGCCUUCACCAUCCCCAGCCUGCAGGCAGCCAUGGAAAACCACCUGGAGCAGCGUCUGUACCAGCCCCAGAAGCUUCUGGAGGACCUGAGGGGAACAGAUGCUCUGCAAUUCCACACAGCCAUGCGAUGUCUCUUAGAGGACAAGAAGGAGUGCUUGGAGCUGGACGACGUCAUUAUUGACUUGAGAGAGAUUCGGAAGCAAGCCUUGCAGAGCCCGGGCGUGAAUCGCAGCCUGUUUCUCAUCACGCUGGAGAGGUGUUUCCAGGUGUUGAAUCCCCUGGAGUGUGUGGAGAUCCUUGGCAGGGUGCUGAGAGGGUCCUCAGGCCACUUUCUGCAGCCGGACAUCACAGAGAAGCUCCCCCGGGACCUGCGUGAAGAUGCCUUCAAGAACCUAUCCGCGGUGUUCAGAGAGCUCUACGACCAGACCUCGGCCCAAUCCCAGAGGGCACUCUACUCCUGGAUGACGGGGAUUUUGCAGACGUCCUCCAAUGUCACUGAUGACUCUGUUUCCUGGGUCAGUGCAGAAAGCUUAUGGAUUUUGGGCAGAUAUAUGGUUCACCUACCACUGGAAGAAAUUACAAACAUUAGUCCUAUAGAAGUGGGGCUGUUCAUCAGCUAUGACAACGCCACCAAGCAGCUGGACACGGUUUAUGACAUUACGCCCGCACUGGCCCAGGCGUUUCUGGAGAGGAUCCGCGCCUCCAGUUUUGACACGAGGAAUACGUCCACCGUCCACAGGCAAGGGGCGUGGGCGCUGGGCCCCGAGCCCUUUCCCAAGAGGCUGGGGCUGCUGGUUUGUUUCUAUGAUGACCUGGAGUUGCUGGAUGCUGCCGUGGCCCAAGUCCUCCUUCACCAGAUGAUCAAGUGCAGCCACCUGAGGGGCUUCCAGGCUGAGGUUCAGAAGCUCAAAGCUGACCUCCUGGAAAUUGCCACUGAAAACCAGACCCUCAACGAGACUCUGGGCUCUUUGUCGGAUGCAGUUGUGGGCUUGACCCACAGUCAGCUGGAAUCCCUCUCCCCCGAGGCUGUGCAUGGUGCCAUCUCAACCCUCAACCAGGUCUCAGGCUGGGCCAAGAGCCAAGUCAUCCUCUUGUCUGCCAAAUACCUGGCCCACGAGAAGGUGCUGUCCUUCCACAAUGCCAGCCAGAUGGGAGUGCUGCUGGCCGGGGUCAGCACCCAGGCCCUCCACGCCAUGGACCGCAGGGACCUCUCGCAGGUCCUGAGAAGCACCAUCGCCCUGCACAUGUCUGACUUGUCGCCUGCCCAGCAGCACGGUGUCCUGAGCAAGGUGAUGGAAGCAGGAGGCACAGAUUCCAGCAUUGCGGACAUACAAGGGGCUUUCUUUAAGGAAGUGUCUCUCUUCGAUUUACGGAGGGAACCUGGAUUCAACGCCUCGGUCCUGAAGGAGAAGGAACUUCGGCGGAGUCAGGCUUUGUUCCUGUUGGAGCUUCUGUCCAAGACGACCGGGAGGCCGGAGGAGCUCCUGAGUGCAGGGCAGCUGAUCAAAGGUGUCAUGUGUUCCCACGUGGAUGCCAUGAGCGCAGACUCCUUUCUGGCUCAUUUCCAGUAUUUUGAGAAAAACUUCGCUUUGCUGUCACCAUAUCAGAUCAAUUGUUUGGCGUGGAAAUACUGGGAAGUUUCCAGGUCCUCAAUGCCGCCCUUCCUGUUGGCUGCACUCCCGGCUCGCUACCUGGCUUCUGUCCCAGCCUCCCAGUGUGUGCCCUUUCUGAUCAGCCUGGGGAAGCGUCAGUUGGACUCCUUGGUAUUAGAUUCCCACAAAAGGAAUUCGGUCCUCAGGAAAGUGCGGCAGUGCCUGAACGACUCUGUUGCUGAUGAGUACACCGUGGACAUCCUGGGAAACUUGCUCUGCCACCUACCAGCAGCUGUCAUCCACCAUGGCAUGUCCCCCAGGGCCUGGGCCACCGCCCUGUACAGCCUCAGAGACUGCCCAGACCUCAGCCCCCAGCAGAAGGCAGCAGUGAAACUCAGGCUCCUGGAACAGCACGGACACCCCCAGAACUGGACAGCGGAGACAACGAGGGAUUUGGGAUCCUUCCUGGUGCUUUUCUCAGGAGAUGAAUUAAGCUCUGUAGCCACAAAGUUUCCUCAUAUCCUUCAACAAACAGCUUCCAAGAUGGCUGGGAUCUUGCUCCCCCAAGAAUUCCUCUGGGCUGUCUUUGAAUCUGUCCGGAACAGCAGCCAGGAGAGCCCCAGCUCUGGCCCCAGCUCCCAUUCUUCUGGUUGCCAUGGAGUCGUGGCUCCCUCUUCUGAGCACAUCGUCCGGCUGGCAGAGGCCAACACCUGCUGGGCCCCUGAGGGCCUGCUCUGCCUGGAGGAGGCCACCUUCUGCAGGACUGUGGAGCUGCUGGGGGCCGUCAGGGGCUUCAGCCUGGCUCAGCUGAGGACCCUCAAGGAGAAGGCAGUCCAGGUUUGGGACACGCCCUCGUACUGGAGAGAGCAUCAGAUUGUCUCCCUGGGGCGCAUCGCUCUGGCUCUUAACGAGAGCGAACUGGAGCAGCUCGAUCUCAGCUCCAUCGACACUGUGGCGUCCCUCAGCCAGCAGACAGAAUGGACCCCAACGCAGGCUAAAUCCAUUCUGCAAGGGUUCCUGGAAGAUUCAGGCUAUAGUAUCCAGGAUCUGAAGAGCUUCCACUUGGUAGGACUUGGUGCAACCCUGUGUGCCAUGAACGUCACUGAAAUCUCACUUAUAAAGAUCUCAGAAUUCAGGGUGGUGGUGGCCAGAAUCGGAACCCUGCUCUGCAGUACCCACGUCUUGGCAGAGUUUAAGAGGAAGGCAGAAAUUGUGUUCGGGGAGCCCACCAAAUGGUCCAGCUCUGUCUUGCAGGAGCUUGGGACCAUUGCAGCUGGAUUAACGAAGGAAGAGCUCCAAAUGCUUGACAAGGAGUUGAUGCCACAUUUCCAGCCAUCAGCCAUCACGUGCCUUCCUGAUGAGAUAUUCAAAGAGCUGUCCGUGGAGCAGAUCGCCUCCCUCGGCCCAGAGAACGCCGCGGCGGUGACCCCGGCUCAGCGCCGGCAGCUCAGUAUGUUGCAGCUGCAUAGCCUCCAGCGGGCGCUAGAUGGCGCCAAGACCCGCUCCUGGCUGGACGCUCCUCUGAGCGCCAGCCCCACCCGGACCCCCUCUUCUCCUUCUCCUCCAGGAGCCGGGGUCUCCUGGGGUCUUGGGCUGGGCUGCCCCCUACUGGUCCUGAUACCCAAGCUCCUGUGGUGAGUCGCGUUUGCACAUCGCCCUGAGGCCCGGGCAGCUGGCUGGGGUGCGUGGAGACCGAGGGAGCUGCGAAUGGUGGGCGGCCCCUACCGUGACUCAGAGCCUCAACAGGGGCAGGGAGCCCCGGGGGCCUUGGAAUUGAAGAGGCACCAAAAGGAAGACAAUAAUC